AUGGUUUCUCUCUAUUUUCAUUUGAGGCAGUGCUUUAGACUACUGUGGAAUACUGUAAAGAGCUUCUUAGAUCCCAGAACCACUACGAAAAUUCAUGUUCUUGGAAACAAAUACCAGAAUAAGUCGCUUGAAAUAACAGAUUCCAGCAUGUUGCCAGAAUUCUUGGGAGGAAUGUGUACCUGUGCAGAUCAAAGGGGUUGCCUGCACUCUGAUAAAGGAUCAUGGAAGAAUCCAGAGAUUCUAAAGAUGGUACUCAAUUGUGAAGCACUACGUGCCAGGCAGGUUAUUAAAAUUCUCAACAGUGAGGGGAAGGUCGUUUAUGCUAAACCACACUACCCAAUGGUACAUCCUGUGUGUCAUUUUGAAUGGUUAAAGGCAGUGAUACUUCUGCUGAGUUUGGUUCCGAAGCUGAAGAUAUUUGCUUCACCAAAGGCCAUCCAGAGUUAA